ACCAGUAGGUGGCUCCAGGGGCGGACUGACCAUUUGGAAACUCGGGCACUGCCCGAGGGCCCGGGGUCAGUAGGGGGCCCCAUGAGGUGCCCCUGGUACCUUUUUCAUAGGCUUUUUUGAGUUUGGGCAAGGACACAGGGGUCCCAUGAUCCCCUAUUGCCUGGGGGCCCCAUGAAUUGUCAGUCCGCCCCUGGUCCACCCCUGCUUCUGAGACUACAUUUAUGGGCUCCAACCUCAUAAUUUACAUCAAUAUUAGUUUUUUCA